CCAUGACGUUAGGCCAUCAAUUUCAAGCCAUCAAAUUCAGAAACUCACUAAUACCUACUCAAUCAAAUAUGCUAUGUUGGUUCAACAACCAACAACCAGUUUAUCAAACAAGCAUCCGUACAAGUAGAGGCCGACCAUCAACACAUCAAUAAAAUUAUACUGUAUACAUACCAAGUGUUUAAUAUCAAGUGAUAGUGGUCAGAAUUUAAAAAAAUAUUAUCACAAGUCAUUCCGUUCCAACGCGUGGUUAUUGACGGUGCGAUUCAUUAUUUAUAAUUAUUUAUAUACAUAUUUUUAUUUUAUACAAUCAAAUUAAUUGUUAUUUUGUAAAUUGUCAAAUUAAUGAGCAUUAGGUAAAUUAGAAUGGGUUCCCAAGAUUCGAAAAAACUUUCUCGAUGGUAUUUUGGUGGAGUCGCAUCUUCUGGAGCUGCUUGUGUAACUCAUCCUCUGGAUUUAUUAAAGGUGCAAUUACAAACACAGCAGGAGGGAAAAAUGUCGAUAGUAAAGCACACGAUGAAUAUUAUUAAAAAACAGGGAUUUUUUGCGUUAUAUAACGGCCUUAGUGCUUCUUUAUUGCGUCAAGGUACAUAUUCAACAACAAGAUUUGGAGUUUAUGAGGUUGCUAAGCAAGCUAUUGAGAAGCCUGGUGAACCCCUACCGUUUUAUCAAAAGCUUUUAAUUGCUGGAUCUGCGGGUGCUGUUGGUGGAGUUUUUGGUACACCUGGAGAUCUUAUUAAUGUACGGAUGCAGAAUGACAUAAAAUUACCACCGGAACAACGGCGAAAUUACAAACAUGCGUUGGAUGGAUUAAUAAGAGUUUGCCGUGAGGAGGGUGUUGUUAAGUUAUUUAAUGGCUGUUCAACAGCUACUGGACGCGCUAUUUUAAUGACCAUUGGACAACUAAGUUUUUACGACCAAAUAAAACAGUAUCUUUUAAAUUCUGGUAAAUUUAACGAUAAUUUAUUAACGCAUUUCGCAGCAAGUUUAUCAGCUGGAGCGAUUGCGACGACUCUUACACAGCCUUUAGAUGUUCUUAAAACACGGGCUAUGAAUGCUAAGCCUGGAGAGUACAAGAAUUUGGGUCAAUUGGUGUUGUAUACCGCGAAAAUGGGACCAAUGGGUUUCUUCAAGGGGUACGUUCCAGCAUUUGUACGUCUGGCACCACAUACUAUAUUGACCUUCGUAUUUCUCGAACAACUGAGGAUUUACUUUGGUUAUAUACCGAAUAAAUCAAAUUUUUAGAUAAAUUAUUUAUUAAA